CUACCCAAAUGCAGUUCAUGAAUUCAAACAAGCAAGGUUGAAGUUUGAAGACAUUAAGUGUACCGCGCAAGGAAGUGUUAUUUUCAAAUCGUCCCUUCAGAUGCCUGUUGUUUAUACGUCCUCAUGCAUUGUCUCGUAUCUGCUUGUGCUAACUUGCCGAGAAUACUCACCUAUAACUAUCGAAAACCGUUCAAAAUUCUUUCAUGGCAGAACGUUGGUCAGUUGGACCCACAGUUCACUUUGGUUCGCAUUCGCUUCUUCCCUCCACUGACCUUCAUAUAUUGCGGGACCUACUUCAGUGUAGAGACUGUUGGUUUAGACGCAUUUAUCAUCAACUUGCUGCCAACGAACUUCGGUCAAAUUCAGCUGUGGCACUAAGCCCCCGGAAAAGUUUUACCCCUUCUGUUCCCUUCCAUAGUCUUACGAGAGCGAUCCAAGCAGUCCUACGUGGCUUUAAUCUAAAUCGUAAAUGUCCGUCAAAACUACAUGCGAAAGCGACCAACUUAGCAUCCUUUCUGCAUUUACAUAUAAAAACUAAUUAUCAUCAUAUAACUGUAGUCAGUACCAAGUUCUGCAUCAAAAGACAGUAUUGGGUCUGUCCUUCCCAUGGACGUCGUCUGUUCGAUUUGCUAUACUGUAGUGGCGACUUUAGUAUUCCGGAGCGGGAAGAUGAGUUAGACUUCGAUCUAACUAUUCGUUCAAUAAUCCCUCAGGGUCAGUCUGAUUUCUUUCGAUCUGUUCAGCUAUCAAGCUCCUCAGAUGAAAGUGAUGAACCGGAACAGACUUUUUCUGUUCAAAUCCACACUCCAGAGCUGUAUAUAGUAAAGUCAAGUCCGGAAGGUCCUCACAAUCAUUUGCCUACAAAGGCAUGUUCCACCGAACCCAAAAAAUUCAUAAGCAAACAACUUUAUGAAGUCAACAAGAAAUGGUCGUUCAAAUACAAUGUAAAUGACUUAAACCAUAAACACCUGUAUAAUGAGAACGAUGCUCGACAUGCUUGUAAUCCUCACUGCAAUGAAAAAAAACUAGAUGGUCGGAAACAUGUGCAUUUUCCUAGGGGGAACCCUAUCUCUGCUGUGUACAAUCUUUAUACAUAUGCUACAGCAAGCAGGUUGGAAAGGUCUAAUCGUAUUUGGGAAAUAGAAGCAAGGUCUCGCUACUUUGAUCGUUUGAAGUACUUAAUAUCAAAUGGUUUUGAGGCUGACCUAGCAUCCCAGUUGGCAGAUGAUGAUGAAUCUACAGAACUUCACUAUAGUGGUAAUACAGCUCUUGACAAUAAUGCAUGCAAACAAGACAAUCUCGAACCGACGAACAUAAUAUCUAAGCGUCCGAAACCUCGACAUCGCAAACGUAAUCGAAAACGCGGAUCCAACACAGUAUCACUGUUACCUUCAAAUUCAUAUAAUGCAACCGACCCUAAUAUUUCACGAAAUAAAAUCGAUGAUAACUAUCAGAAAUGCGUGUCGCUUGCACAAUAAUUAUCAGGUUAAGCAGAUGUCCUAUGAGCUUUUGUCUCAAUUUAUUGUAGAGUUUUCGUUAAAAUCUGUGAUAUCUGUCAGUGAUUUGAUUGACGUUAUUUUUUUAUACAGAAUCUCAUUAAUUUGAUAUAAACUACUGCUCUCACUCGUCAUUGUUUUCAAUUUUUUUAUCUUGCGUUAGCUUUCGCCCAGUUGGAUUUACACCCUCAGACUAAUCUAUGCUAAUCUUCCAAAAGUACAGCUGUAAGAACUGUUUUUAUGUGUUAUCAACGUAGAGAUGUUUUUGAUCGCGAAAACGUUUAAUUAAUUCAGAUAUAAGUAGUUCUUAGCCGUAUAUUGACGUAACGUAUUAAGUAAUUCUUUGACUCUACCUUUGCCUUGAUCUGUCAUGAAGUCAGUGAAGUUUUGCAGUAUUAAGUCAAUAAGUGGAGUAAAUUUUAUGGGAAUAAACUAAAUUGUUUUCCACUUAUCUAAUAUGCUAGAAAUAAAAUGAUUUUAUAACACUCCAAUUUAGUGUCAAAGAACGAAUCAGGGUUUUACUGCAUAUUUGAAUAGCUAAUAGGCAAAUAUUUAAGUUGUGGUUAUAAUUAUUAUAGAGGUUACACACUAAUGCACAGCAGAUUUAGCUCAUAAUGCGUUAUAUAUGAUAUGUCUUGCUAACUGAACACUAUACUCGAUUCCUAAACUAUUCUCGCAAUCCCCAAGCUAAAACUACACAGCAACUUGAACACGAGAGAAAAGGCGCAAAGCAUGCGAGAAGCACUUUACGUGCAGUAAAUAUAGAGUUUUUAUAGUAUUUUAGAAGUCCUUGGGUCUUCCUGA